AUGGGGAUCAAUCAAGAUGAGCGCGGAGCUACAUUGCAUCGUCCUCCUGGAAGGAAGCGGCUUUGGCUUCAGGAAUGUUUUAGACUGACCGCAGACUUCCCCCAGCGUCUCCAAAACAGCGUCAACAUUAAGCGGCUAAGCCUAAAGAGGAGGCCUCGAGCGGCCACCGGCAAUGUGGAAAAAACGCAAAGCGGCGUUUCAUCCAGCCAGUGGCAUUCUGCGGAGUCCCUGUCAUCCUCGAGCAGUGAUGACACAAGACUCCUGGGUCGCCCUCCUCUUCCUCCACCGCACGGAUCCGUCGCCGACAGACUUCCCUCCAGAGAUGAAGGACCGGAUCGCGGUGGUGAACUGAAGUCCUCGCCUGCUUCAAGAGCUCCUUCGGGCCCGAAACAAAACCCUGUGUCGGAGCAGACCAUCGCUGAGCAACACCUAAACGUGGAGCAGGAGGCGCCGAGCCAUUCGCUUGGUGCCCGCCGCCGCCUGGCCAGCUUCGCGGGAGUGAGCUCCCCUGGUUCUCUGUCUCGCUUCACUGGUUUGGGCGCUUACGAUGGCAACAGCGAGGAUGGCAAGGCUCCCGGCGUCGGCGGCGAUGCGCACGGGCUUCUUGGCUACUCAUCGGGGGGCAGGGGCAGCACAGGUUGCCUCCGGUCCAGCCCUCAGGGAUCCGGAAGAAGCGACCCGGUCUCGAGUGUCGGACCGACGCAGCUGCUGAACGUGCGCGAUCAAAUGGCGGUGGCCCUGCGGAGGCUGAGGGAGUUGGAGGAGCAAGUGAAGAUCAUCCCAUUACUCGAGGUAAAAAUCGCAGUCCUUCGGGGGGAAAAGAGGCAACUGGCCUCUCAACUCCAAAUCCAGAAUAAGGACUCGGACGGCAGUACUGGGGAAGAAUGGCAGGCCAAAGAGAAGAGGGAUUGCGACGACUUCAGCGACGGGGAUGAGGGCCUGCCGGCCCUCAAAAGAGCCAUCGAGACCGGACAUGAUCCAACGUGGCAAGGAAGAAGCUCUUUCCGCCGGGAUGAGCGGACCGUUGACGGAGAAGCCAUGAAAGGACACGGUCACGCUUCCGUUCCACCAGAGUUUCAGCAUCGACGCAGUGCGGAUUUGGAAGCAGAGAUUCAAGCGCAGCAACGAGUCAUUGCUGACUUAAAGGAGAAAAACCUUCACCUGGAGACAGAGUUGAAGGAGUCCUCUCUGCAGGCUGAGAUGAACCGGCUGAAACUGGAGCUCCGAGCUGCAGAAGCUCGCAACCGAGUGGACAAAGCCUCCUCCGCCAGGCCAUCCGUUGCGAGCCGCGGCAUCGAGGCGAGGCCCGACACCACGAGCCGAGGGGUGGGCAACCACAUCCGGCUCAAAGACGCCGGCGCGGGGGAUGCCGCGCAGGUGAAGGAUGUGGCCAUACCCUGUUGCGGCCCCGAGGUGAGAAACGUCGCCAUUGGCCCGGAUCUAGCCAUGACCCGCUGGGAGGUCAGAGAGCGAGUAGAAACCAGGGAGAAGGGCGUGGGGAUCCACGUUUCGACAAAGUCUCAAGGAGUCGGAGUGGAGGUGAAGCUCAGCGAUGGCCAAAGCAACACCGAAGUCCCGUGGCAGAAUCUGAAGCGCACGGAAGUGACGUCGGUCGCAUGCGGGGAUUGUUCUGCGGAUGCGACGGUCUGCCGGGCGAAGGACGUGGUUUCCCGAGGCACGGUGACAGAUCCGGUCAAAAGUCUCGGACCGGCGGCGUCACCCCAGACAACGGCCCAGCGGAGCAACACCGCGGUGAGCUCCGCGUCUCGUUUCCCAAACGCGAGACAGGCCUUCGGCUCCGACUCCGGCGCAAACGCCGUCCUCAGAAGCCAACACAAGCACGCCAACACCCACAGGGCCGCCUCCACCAGGACACUGUCAGUCGGCAAAGGGGUCAAAGACGUCAAGGGCAUCCUGAAGACGCGCACGGUUAGCGUCGGAACCGGCCCCGUGGAAGGAAACGGCCCGAAACCCGAUACCCGAGACGUCGGCGUAGGAUUCGUGAACGUUCAUGAGAACUUCCUGGUUGGCCUCAAAACACAAAACAUGGCCUCGGGACCUUCACGUCCACCCGACCCGGUGAACACUCGGAGCAUUGGCGUUGGCGAGGGAAGGAUACGAGGUCCGUCCCAUUCCAACGGCGCGACCGGUCAGCAGACUCUGCGGUGCGAUUCCGCGGCGGACGGUACCGCUGAAGAGCAACCGGCGGUACUCAAGCCACGUGGCGGUCCUCAAAGCGAGGGUUUCGCCGAAGGACAAACCGGCUCAUCACUGUCAGCCGGCAGCAUUGCUGCAGCUCCGAGAGCUUCCUUGGAUUCAGCGAACAGAGAAAUUCAAGUGCCGGCAGACUCCCGCGACUCCUGUCAGCAGGGUGGAUCCGACUCUGAGGUGAAAAGAAUGAUUCAGCUGUUAGAACAACAGACCUCAUCCGCCGCGAGAGGUGGCUCGACUCUAUUCGGUGCCUCGCGCAAGGCCCCGAAGAAGGAAAUCGGCGAGCAAGGCUGCAGUAACAGCAGGAAAAACAUGAGGUUGAUGAGGGCGGCCAACGGAUUGAAUCCACCUCCCAAGCUCUCCGCUGCCGACAACCUGGAGGAAGCGGAGCGGGGCUCCGACAGGAAGUGGCGGGAGGCUCCCGUAGAUGCAACGCCGGCGAGACGGAUCAAAGGCGCCGUCGCCAGCAAGGCAUCCAAAGGCUCAGCAAAAUCACAAGUCACCAAGAGGUGCAAGUUCAGUGAGAAGAUGACAUCCGCUUGCCAGGCGUUGAAGACGCACCUGAGUGACGGCAAGCGCUUGCCCAGCAGGGAGCUGCGCGACUGUCUGCAGACGGUCCAGCAGGAGUGGUUCUCCGUGUCCAGCCUCAAGUCGGCGUCCGUCGAGUCCGUGGAGGAUUACUUGUCGGGCUUCCGCGUCAUCUCGCCCUCGCUGCUGCGCCACGUUGCCAACAUGGCCGACGGCAACGGCAACACGGCGCUGCACUACAGCGUGUCGCACUCCAACUUCGGCGUGGUCCAGAAGCUGCUGGAUGCCGACGUGUGCGAUGCCGACAAGCAAAACAAAGCGGGCUACACACCCAUCAUGCUGGCCGCGCUCGCCGCUGCGGACCGACCGGAGGACAUGAGCGUGGUGGAGCGGCUCUUCGAUAGAGGCGACGUCAACGCCAAAGCCAGCCAGGCCGGUCAGACGGCGCUGAUGCUCGCCGUGAGCCACGGCCGCGUGGAGAUGGUACGGGCGCUGCUGGCCCGCGGCGCCGCAGUCAACGCGCAGGACGACGAGGGCUCCACGGCGCUGAUGUGCGCCAGCGAGCACGGCCACGCCGCCAUGGUCAAGCUGCUGCUGGACCAGCCCCGGUGCGACGCCGCGCUCAAGGACAGCGAUGACAGCACGGCCUUGACUAUUGCCUUGGAGGCGGGACACGAUGACAUCGCCGUGCUUCUCUACUCGCAUGCCAACUUCUCCAAAGCGCAUGCUGAGGCUCAUCAGUGUGGACGGUCCUAAUUCUUUUCUGGAUGAAGGAUAAACGCAAGCCGACCAGGGAUUCGCCAAUCUGUGUUCCUUUAGCGCCGAACACAACAAAAUAUUUGCCGUUUGUGUUGG